UUUCCGUCCUCUUCUAGCACGAAAAGUCAGCCGGAAUGUUUGUGGUUAAUAAAAAUCGUUAAUUUUCAUCAUAAAAUUGGCAAAACAAUUAAAAUGGCCCACGGUUUUCGGCACAUUACAAACAAAUUAGCCAAUAUAAAUAAUAUACUUACACCUCGAAACCAUGUCAUCGGGACUGAGACAAGUUCCAAGACGUUUCUAACCAUAUUUGUCCAGUAUUCCACUCGUGUUAAUCCAGUAUGGUAUUAUAGUAACGAAAAGAACGACAUAGAGCAACAACACAUACAGUUUGACAACCGAGAGAACAUUAAUGAUAUUGUUAUCAAAGAAAAUAUCAGUAGAGUAGAUCCAAUUGAAUACAGACAUCUGAAUAUCAGUUUUAGAACUAAUGGGAUUAUAAAUUUCAAAAAGUCAGACAGUGUGUGCAAUAUGCCUGUAGAAAAUCAGGAUCCAUACAAAACAAAACCCAGUCCUGAACAACUAGAGCAUGUGUAUAAUACUUUGGCAGAAACAUUACCUAAAUUAUUCAUACAACCCAUGGAUUACAGCAUCUACCAUCCAGAAGUUGUGUUUGAGGAUCAUAUCAGGGGGAUUUCCACUACGGGUCUAUAUAACUAUGUUAAACAAGUUGCCCUUUUGAGGACAGUGGGUCAUCUUAAGUUUGCAUAUGUCAAGUUUGAAAUUAUCAAGAUCACCAUGCAUCCUGAAGAUUCCACUGUUAAAAUUAGAUGGAGGAUAAGGGGGAUUUCUGCUUUAAAGGUGAUGUUCCAAUUUUGGAGGUUCAAACUAUGGAAAUACAGGGAAAUGUUUGAACAAUGUGACUCAUGGUAUGAUGGAUUUUCAACAUUUUAUGUAAAUGCAGAUGGACAAGUUGUCAAACAUGUUGCUGAUAAGAUGAUGCCUGAUUCUGAUACAACACCUGCCCAAAAUAAUGUGGCAAUAGAGGGUUCUAAAUUAGCACUAAUUGUAGGAGUAAUUCCUAAAUUUUCGUUAUAAGUCCCAAAUCAAAUGAGCAUUUUACAUUAAAUGAAGUACUAUUUAUAUCUGCUGUAAAUAAGUUAAAACUCGUAGUGCAACACAGAUUUUACAUGUUUUAUUCAAGUUUUCCAUUAUUUAUUUACAUAUUUGUUAAAAUAUAAUAAUACACAAUGUUAA